UCCCAAUUGGUGCACGAUUGCAUCCGUAUGGACCUCUUGUACCGACUACGCUGGAAUCUGUUGGCCGACCUAAGUGAUAUCAAGAUUGUCUCGGGGCCCAAAAAUGGAGAGGAAAUCGGUCCGUUUUUCGAGCAUGCGGAUGCGGAUGCAGACUUCGGCCUGCCUAGCGUGAGCCGUAUCGAGGUCAACAGUCGCGAAUGUGACGAGAAAUUUCGACUCUCGUACGAUAGUGAGCCCGAGGAGGACGGCUAUCGACCUCCGCCCCCACUCAUCAUCCAAAACGAGGAUGGAGGAUCGAUUACAUUCAGGCAGUUCGUCACCGAGGUCCAUGCAUAUUUGAACGAGCACUUGGAUGAAGUCAAGAAAGCUCAGCGAGUAAUGGCUGCAGAGCCUUGGUCGGAGACACUCUUGUACUUCCGACGCGCUUGGCCAUACGAGACUGAGGAUGGUAACGUCGUUGUCUAUGUCGAGAUGAUGCCCCGCGCGGCAGAUGCUAAAUUCAGGGACAUACUUUGGAACCAACAAUUAACAAAGGCUCAUGAGUAUGAAAGGAAAAUUCAGGGCCGUCGAUUCCGCCUUAUCAAGCCGAAAUAG